UGCGCCCGAGCGCCGGCGGGGGCGAUCUCUUGCAGCCGAACGUCUUCGGAGGCUGUUUUAUUUGGGAGUUGCGUCACGCGGAUUAUACGAGAGCGCAGGGCAGUCGGGCUGAGCGGUUGCAAGUUGGCUGCUGAGUUCCGUCAUGGUGAAAGUGGCCUUCAACUCGGCGCUGAGCCAGAAGGCGCCCAAGAAGGAUGAAAACAAUGAGACGCUCAUCAUCCCUGAGAAGGAUCCAGAGGAUGAAGUCGUACCAUUUAGACACCAAUCACGUGUCUGGUGCUGGUGUAUGUGUCUUGGACUAGCUCUCAUGUUGUCCGGUGUUGUGGUUGGUGGUGCAUAUCUCUACCGAUAUUUUAUCGUACAGGAAGGUGAAGUUUUCUUCUGUGGUCUCAAGUACAGUGAUCCUAAAGACUAUCUUGUCCCUGAUAUUGCUGCUGAUUCACAAGUAGCUCCAUACCAAUCUAUUGAAGAAAAUAUUUGCAUUUUGGAGGAUGAUGAAGUUGAACUGAUCAGUGUUCUUGUCCCAGACUUUGCUGAUGGUGAUCCAGCAGAUAUUGUUCAUGAUUUCCACAGGGGUUUGACAGCAUAUCUUGAUCUGGGUUUGAAUAAAUGCUAUGUUAUUCCACUAAAUUCAUCUAUUGUCAUGCCACCACGCAGUUUGUUUGAAUUGUUAAUCAACAUCAAGGCUGGCACCUAUUUGCCCCAGUCUUACUUGAUCCACGAAGAGAUGGUGGUUACUGAUUAUAUUGAAAAUGUGGAUGAGCUUGGAUUUUUUAUUGCACGUCUUUGUCAUGGGAAGAAGAGCUUCAAGCUUCAACGUAGAGAUCUUGCAAAAGGAAUCCAAAAGCGGGAUGCAUCGAAGUGUUUCAAGAUUAUUCAUUUUGAAAGUGAAGUUGCUGUUGAAACUCGUGUUUGUGAACAAUAAUUGCAGAAGACUCCAUAUUGAGCCCACAAAAUCACUUUUUUUUCCCUUCGUGUGCAAUGCAUUUUUCAUUAUUUUUUUUUUAGUGUUGUAAACAGGGUUUACUUUUUGCAAUUUUCCUCUCUGCUUAAAUACUAUCAGGUGUAAGAUGCAAGUAGAUGUCUAAAGGUAUGGUAGUUUGUGAAAAGAGGAUAAUGCCAAUAUUUCUAUUCAUUUCAAUAGUGGGCUGUAUUAUAUUGGACUGGAAUUAAUACUUUUUUGAAUUGUGGGAAGAAACUGGAGAUUCCCCACUUUUUUUUCUCAAAUCUAUUAAUCUAUAUACUAGGCACUGGAUGGGGGUGAAAGAGGAGAACAUAAUAUGGUAAAGGCAUUUGACUAAUUGCUGAUUUUUGUGUAUAUAACCUAAAAUAAAAAAAUGUAAAUGGUU